AUGCUGUUAUUCUCAAAGUCGCUCCCAGGCCGGCUGAAGGAGGUGAAAUUUGCUGGAUCGACCACCUUCUCCAAGGAUGGCGGCCUCGACCAGCUUGGUGGUGGGUUUCCCGCGGAUCAUAUGAAGCCAACCAUGCUAACAAAUCCAGCCAUGUUCGAGCUGCGCUUCAGGCACAUCUGCACCAUGCACAACAAGGGCGAGACUGAAGCUGUAGAGACCAAGGCUCUGGAGCUUCUUGCUGAGCCGCGACUUGGACGUGUUCACAAGGCAGGAACGCACAUGAUACUUGCCACAUCCGAGACCGACUUAGUUCAUCACAGCCUUGAAGCUGUGAGACUCUUCGGCGAGGCCCUCCUGGGAGAGAUGACUGCGUCCCAGCGAGCCUCUUUGGAGUACUGGCAUGCUGAGGCCAAGACGUUGCUUGAGGAGGCUCGCAGCGAUCAGAGCGCUAUCGACAACGAAAUCAACGAGAAAUUUAAGAGUGGCAUGACAAUGCGGCAGCUUCAGGAUGCUCAGCUGAGUGAAAUGUACGAGCGUCUGGCGAGAAUUGACGAGGAUGAAGGCGCGUCCGCAGAGACCUCGUCGGCGGCUCCUCUGGCCAACAUGCGGAAGUUUGAGAAUUCAGAAUAG